CUUGAAACUACGAAGUACGUCCAUGCAACGUACUUGGAUCAUUGUGUUGUUGAAAAUAUCCGCUCAGACCCUCAGUACCUUCAGGCUGACGGUUGCAAUGUCGUUGAAAGAUAUAAAUGUGUCGUACGCUGAAAUCUUCUCAAGGCCCCAUUGGGUGUUGUCCAUACAGCCAAUUUCGGGAAUCGCGGGCCUCGCGGGCUAUUUCGGGGCGCUUAUGGAGCUGGGGCGUCGUGAUGCAUUAACAGUGGGCUUGAUACCAUUGUUCUAAGAUCUGAGCGUGGACAUGACAAGCGAGUUUAUAUUGGGGGAUUCCCUAGGCGCACUAGCUUCGCCAGAUGCCCACCAGGAAUUGAUGGAUGCAGAAUUUGAUACUCACGAGAGGCUGUCGAGUGCGGCUUAUGCUUGGUCGAAGUCAGUUAUUCUGCACCGUGACCCGAAGUGGUGGCCUGAUAGUAACACAGGU